CACAACAAAGAGUAGCCCCUGAUCCCCACAACUAGAGAAAACCUGUGCGGAGCAAUGAAGACCCAACACAGCCAUAAAUAAAUAAAUAAAUAAAUAAAAUUAAAAAAGGAACAGCUCGAGAGCACUGCAGGGCACUAAGAGAUGAGGGGGACUGAGGGAUGGAUGAGACCUGGUUCCUGGUCUCAGGAAAUGUCUAGUCUCAUUGGGGAGACAGAAAUAACACUCUAGGAACAAUUAAGGAGAAAUAAAUAUCGGUUUGUGCUCAAGAACCAAGCAGUGUGAUAAACACCACUUCCCUUCCAUCCCUGGCAAAAUCCAGUCAUUAAGACCCAGAUCAAGUUUCACAUUCUUGGUAAAGUCUUCCCUGGACACUCUUGGAUGAGCCCAUAGUUCUAAGUCCAUACCCCUACUGGUACUUUUCACUUCACAUCACAGGAAAUGCACUGCUCAGGUCUCCUACAGCAAGGAGAGCAACCCAGUGAGUGUCUUUUAUGUUUAAUCCUGUCUUGGUGACAGCUUCUUGGAGACCUGUUGGAGAACCAACAUGUUGGUUGGUUACUUCUGUCUUUCCCGCUAGACUGUGAGCUCUCUCAGCUCCCUGACAAGUCAGUGGGGAGUAUCACCGUGGUAUGAUGUGGCCACACUUCCCACGGGCUGUUCCCAGCUAGUGACUGAGCACAAUGCGGCACUAGUACCAGCAUUCCUAUAGGACGUAGGGCUCCCUGAACUGCAAUGUUGGCUCCAAGAUUCAGAACUGCACUGCUGGCUGAGUUCCUCCUGCCCAAUCCUCUCCCAGGUGUCAGACCUGCAACGAGACUGAGUUCUGUGAGAUCAGGGACCCACCCGUCUGCUUCGGGCAUCAUCUCAGGGUGGAGCACAGGACCUGACCCAGAGGAUGAAUGAGCAAAGAGAUGAACAUUCAGAGAAGGGGCAGGAACAAAAGAGCUGGUGCUCCGGGAAAUGGGAGAAGAGGACACCUCACAUGAGGCUGCAGCUGGUGUGGCCACUCCAGAGUCCUGGCUCCUUCUCCAUUGCCGGGCACCAGGUGCUCCGAAUCUCUGCGGCCGAUGAAGCCCAGGUACAGAUGGUGAAGGAGCUGGAGGACCUGGAGCACCUACAGCUGGAUUUUUGGAGGGGCCCUGCCCAGCCAGGCUCCCCCAUCGACGUCCGAGUGCCCUUCCCCAGCAUCCAGGCUGUCAAAGUCUUCCUGGAGGCCCGUGGCCUCAGAUACACAAUCAUGAUAGAGGACGUGCAGUCGCUGCUGGACGACGAGCAGGAGCAGAUGUUCGCCUCCCGGAGCCGGGCCCGCAGCACUAACACCUUUAACUAUGCCACUUACCACACCCUGGAGGAGAUCUAUGACUUCAUGGACUUGCUGGCGGCCGAGCACCCACAGCUUGUCAGCAAGCUCCAGAUCGGCAGCAGCUACGAAGGCCGUCCCAUCUACGUGCUGAAGUUCAGCACUGGGGGGAACAACCGUCCAGCCAUCUGGAUUGACACGGGCAUCCAUUCUCGGGAGUGGGUCACCCAGGCCAGUGGGGUCUGGUUUGCAAAGAAGAUCGCACAAGACUAUGGCCAGGACCCAGCUUUCACUGCCAUUCUGGACAACAUGGACAUAUUCUUGGAGAUUGUCACCAACCCUGAUGGUUUUGCCUUCACUCACAGCAAGAAUCGAAUGUGGCGCAAGACUCGAUCCCUGACGUCGGGCUCCACCUGCAUUGGGGUGGACCCCAACAGGAACUGGGACGCUGGCUUUGGGAAGGCCGGAUCCAGCAGCAACCCAUGCUCGGAAACUUACCGUGGCAAGUUUGCCAAUUCCGAAGUGGAGGUCAAGUCCAUCGUGGACUUUGUGAAAGAACACGGGAACAUCAAGGCCUUCAUCUCCAUCCACAGCUACUCCCAGCUCCUCUUGUAUCCCUUUGGCUACAAAAGAGAAUCACCUGCAGACAAGGAUGAGCUGGAUCAGGUGGCUAAGUCUGCUGUUGAGGCCCUGACCUCUCUGUAUGGGACCAAGUUCAAGUAUGGCAGCAUCAUCACAACAAUUUACCAAGCCAGUGGAGGCACCAUUGACUGGACCUACAACCAGGGCAUCAAGUACUCCUUCACCUUCGAGCUCCGGGACACCGGGCGCUAUGGCUUCCUGCUGCCGGCCUCCCAGAUCAUCCCCACGGCCCAGGAGACAUGGCUGGCACUUCUGACCAUCAUGGAGCACACGCUGAAUCACCCCUACUGACCUGGCCCUUCAGCGCUGUCUUCCUCCUCCUCUCCGUCCCCAC